AUGAAACUUCUAAUCCUCCUCUGCCUCGUGGCAGCUACCACGGCUCUCAUCGGAAACACCCAAUCCGCUGGAGUUCGGGGAAAACUGAUUUGUAAUGGAAAACCAGCUGUGGGAGUUUUGGUUAAAUUGUAUGAUGAUGAUAGAGGAAUCGACGCUGAUGAUCUAAUGGCUUCUGGAAAGACAAACGGAAACGGAGAUUUCGAGAUCGCUGGACAUGAAGACGAGGUGACUCCAAUCGACCCAAAAUUGAAUAUCUACCACGAUUGCAACGACGGAAUCAAACCAUGCCAACGCAAGUUCACCAUCAAAAUCCCGGAUAGCUACAUUAGCAAGGGAAAGGUCGCCCGCAAGAUUUACGACGCUGGAGUCGUUCAACUCGCCGGAUCGUUCCCAGGAGAGGGUCGCGAUUGUCUUCAUUAG